UGAACGGACGCCAAUGGAGUGGCAGUUGAAGGAGUGGUCUGGCAGGGAGACGAUCAGCAAAGCAAUUGGCGACGAGGGGCCAGGUGAGUAGCAUGUAGAGGAAUUGCGACGGCAGCAGCAUACACACCUGAAGCUGUUCAAUGGAGCGGCAUUCGGGGCGCAAAUAGGGUCGCCAGCGUGGGAGGAUGGGUAGCCGGGGGUUAUGGGAGACGGCAGAGGGCACAAAUUGUGGUGCCGUCUGUGUCGUGUCGUGUCUCCUCCUGUGCGUGGUGGUGCAACGGGGCGGGUGGUUGAUGGCGUGGUGGCCGGUUUGGGUCUUGUGUGCAGACGGGAAUCUCUCACUUGACUCCCCACCAGAGCCUAGGCGCGCUGGAGAGAUGGAUUGUCGACGUCGCAGCGGAGUCGUGGUAGAGAGAGAUGGGAGAGCACACACGGUCUGCAGCGAAGAGACGUGACAGUGACAAGACAAGACAAGAGCCUGGUCUGUCCACUGGUCCACUGG